CUUGUCAUAAAUGUCAGCAAUUAAUUACAGAUCUCUGUAAAUAAAAUGAGGUUAUCUUCGUUUUCCGUUAUUAUAAAAUUGAAAUGUUGAAAGCUUUGUUGUAUAUUUCACGCACAAACAGAUCCUCAGGUUAUAUUUUUGCAAAAUUUAAUAUGUCGCAAAGUACAGCCCCUGUUGAGACUUCAAUCCGCACAAAGCUCAGUUCAGAGUUGCAGACAACCCACUUGGAGGUCAUAAAUGAGUCAUACAUGCACAACGUGCCUAAAGGCUCUGAGACACAUUUCAAAGUGGUGGUUGUCUCUGAGAAAUUUUCAGACUUGCCUUUGAUCAAAAGACAUAGGCUAGUAAAUGACAUUUUAAAAGAAGAAUUGAAGAGUGGGGUCCAUGCUCUUUCAAUUGUCGCCAAAACCCCAUCACAAUGGAGUAACAGUGAGCAAGUAAUCGAAUCCAGUCCCAAUUGCAGGGGCGGAUUUGGUAAAUAGUUUUAGUACUUGGUAAACUUAAUUAGAAUAGAACAAAAAAUUGUCCAUUAUUGUCACAAUACAAAACUAUCUAAGCGUAA